GAUGGAAUUUCUGUCUGCCUUUUUCUUAUUCCCCUAUUCUGAUAAAUAGUUUUCAGUAUAUAAAUUUCUUUGACCUUUUCUUUUUUUGAACAUGGGCAAUUUUGGGGGGAGAGGGGGUGAGUUACAACCACAACUAGAAGCAAUGCUUCUUGUGGACAAGGAUAGCUGUUGGCCUGAGACUUGAGGGCACCAAGCUCUUAAGUUUUAGGCCAUGAACGAGUACAUUACACUGCAAGGGCCUGGUUUCAAUUUCUUUUUUCUAAUUUGUGCAAUUUUUUUUCCCCUCCUUUGGUAAUUUGGUCAUUUAUCAAAUCAAGUUAAAAAAAAAUUAAAUACCCCUAGUCUGUUUCCUUUUUCUCUUUGAUGGUUGUAUUUAUGUGAUGAUUUUGUUUCAUAUGUUUUUUCAGAGAACCUCUCAUUACUAACAUCAUGUGGAGGAACCUGCUUAUCCAAGCUAUAUAUCAAGUGAUUGUCCUUCUAGUCCUGAAUUUUCAAGGCGAGAGUUUGUUGUCGCAUCUGGAGCAUGACUAUGCUAAUAAGGCUAGAGAAGUGAAGAACAAAGUGAAGAAAACAGUAAUAUUCAAUUCAUUUGUCCUCUGUCAGAUCUUUAAUGAGUUCAAUGCUCGGAAGCCAGAUGAAAAGAACAUUUUCGAAGGAUUCACUGGAAACUAUCUCUUUAUGGGAAUAGUGUCUAUAACUGUUUUACUUCAGGUCAUCAUGGUCGAGUUUCUUGGUAAUUUUGCUUCAACAGUCCAUCUGAGCUGGAGGCUUUGGCUGGUUUCAAUAUCCAUUGGUUUUAUCAGUUGGCCCCUGGCUUUCAUCAGCAAAUUUAUACCUGUUCCUCCAACUCCUUUUAGCAAGUACUUCAAAAGAAUAUUCCCUCGGCGGAGAAGUUCACCAAGAAGUGAAGAAAACCACGAAGAAGGAGCGCAUGGAGGAGGAGCACAUGAAGAAGAAACACGUGAAGAUUCACAUCAAUAACAAAACGAGAAAUUGUUGUAUAGUGUGAAUUAUAUUAAACUGCACAACGAAGACUUAAAAUAAAUAAAAAAAAGUGUUCCCUUGAAAUUUGAAGAUGCUUAAAUUGUGUAUAGCUUUAGGGAUUUCGACAAGAGGCGUGUAUCUGGUGAUUAAAACUGGAUUGCUUUUUUUUUUUAAAUUCCAGUUUUAAGUAGGACAUUGGAUUCUCUCCCUUUCUCUCAUUCCUGUUUAGUAGUGACCUCAACUUUAAUUUUCCCAAAACCAAGGUCUCAAACUUUAUUAUAGUCUUAAUUUGUAGACCCCACUUGUUUCCCAGCUCUCAACAAAUUUGAGGAUUAAUUUGUACCUAUCAACUAAAGUGUAUUGUUUAUUGCAUUUGAAGGACUCGAUUGGAUGAUU